UAACUAUCCGGCAACACCAUCCUAUGAGGAUAUGUCAAAACAAUUUUUUCCUAUUCGAGGGGGUAUUCCUAUGCAAGUUCUGACCUCAACGGCUGUCCAUGAGCAUAUAUUAAACUGUAGGCUUAUUAUCUAAGCAAUACUAAAUUCAUUGUAAUUGGGUUAUACUUUAGUUUAUAAUGGCUUUUACAAUGCUUCGGCCGGUGGCAACUCACCCCUUCUCCUCCUACCCUCCUGAUCUCAACAUGAUCUCGGACGACGAGGAGAACCGCAGCGAGAGCGACGGCAGCUCUGACCAGAGCUAUGAAUGCUGUGCCUCUUCAGAUAAGACUUGUCGGCAGCUUUCCCGCAUGGUGGGAGUCGGUGGGGUUGUUGUGGUCAAACAGCGCAACACAGCCAACGCCAGGGAGCGAGACCGGACCCAGAGCGUCAACACCGCCUUCACCGCGCUCCGGACACUCAUACCCACGGAGCCGGUGGACAGAAAGCUCUCCAAAAUUGAAACGCUCCGGUUGGCGUCCAGCUACAUCUCACACUUGGCCAACGUUCUGGUGCUUGGUGACGGGCGUGAGGAUGGCCAGCCGUGCCUGAGUGCAGUGUACCGCGCGCAAGGACAUGGAGAGAGGAAGCAACCCAGAACUAUCUGCACCUUUUGCUUGAGCAACCAGCGAAAAGGGGGGAAAGAUGGUCGGGGUUGUCUGAAAAUGCGCGGAGCCAGUGCACUACGAAUGAGCCGAAAAUAGACGGCUCUCAGACUUCAAGGAUUGUUGAAUUCAAGUCAGCACCUCAGGGAAAAAACUAUAGCUAACACACCCGCUGUACAUAUACCGACACAUAGGCCAGAAUGCCCUCCAACUUUGGGAAAAGACUGUCAAAAAGACGCGUUUCAGGAAUUUGUUCGUGUGAGAAAAGGCUACUCCUCUCUGCCGCAAUGCUGGUUAUGGAAAAUGUGAUUUUGGAGAAACAUUGUCAUAAAUGAGACUUUAUUUGGUUGCCUUUUCAACACCAUUUUGAAUUUUGCUUUAAAAUUAUAUUUUUACAUAGUUGUAGUUGUCCCUAGUCUUUAUUUCAGCCCCCCAAUACCAACAAUGUUGUGGUGUUAUUUUGAUAUAACUUACAAAAUGUUUACCAACAAGGUGAUGUAACAGAUUAUUUAAAGAUAAAGUAUGUCUGGGAAUUUCCGAUACAGUUUACCUUAUCCUUCAGCAAUGCUAAGGAAUCUCUGCUAAGGAAGUGUGCGAGAUAGGGCCUUUCCAAAAUACCUGAGAUUGGUCAAUUUUAAAGUGGCCAACCAAAGGCCUUUUGAGCCUAAUAAUGAUAGGACAUGUCAAUGUGUGAGGAAUACAUGAAUCACUCUGAAUCAUCACGCUCUGAAUUUGCUCUAAAAUGUUAAAGGGAAAACAGGAAAGG